GGAACUCGUUGUCUGGGCAUGUUCCAUUAGCGUUGAGUUGAAUAAGGAGGUACGCUGGGGAGUUGACGCAGAAAACUGAACCAAAACGGAGCUGACGCGAUUUUCCUGGGCGUAGGGACAGAUUUAAUGAAUGGACCCUUCCUGUUUUACCACAGCGCAGCGACGUUCGUGUCGAAUAAUGAAUCCGGAGUUGUUCAAGCCGCCUCCUGACCGCUCCCAGGCAUCCAAGCCUCCCAAACCAAGCCGAAGCGCCGCGAGGUGUGAGCAGACGAAAACGGAGCUGGCGCAGGUGGUGGUCGACCCGAAAACUGGAAAGUCAUACUCCAAAGGAAAGCUUUUGGGAAAGGGUGGGUUUGCACGUUGCUAUGAAAUGACAGACCUUGCUAACAACAGGAUGUAUGCUGUGAAGGUUAUACCACAAAGCAGAGUAUCCAAGCCACAUCAGAGAGAGAAGAUAACAAACGAAAUUGAGCUUCACAAGACCCUUCAACACAAGCAUGUGGUGAAGUUUUCCCAUCAUUUUGAAGACCAGGACAACAUCUAUAUCUUCCUAGAGCUCUGCAGCAGGAAGUCCUUGGCACACAUUUGGAAAGCGCGGCACACGCUCACGGAUCCCGAAGUGCGUUACUACCUCAGGCAAAUCAUAUCUGGCCUCAAAUACCUCCACAACAAAGGCAUCCUCCAUAGAGACCUCAAACUAGGUAAUUUCUUUGUAAAUGAGAAUAUGGAUUUGAGAUUAGGAGACUUCGGUCUUGCAGCAAAACUGGAGACUGUUGAGCAGAGAAAAAAAACCAUCUGUGGAACACCAAACUACCUGGCACCAGAAGUUUUGAACCGUCAAGGUCAUGGGACAGAGUCAGAUGUUUGGUCAUUGGGUUGUGUAAUGUACACGCUCCUGUGUGGCAACCCACCAUUUGAAACAUUAGACUUGAAAGAGACGUACAAGUGUAUCAAGGAAGUGAGAUACAGUCUCCCACCUUCACUCUCACCAGCAGCACAGAAGCUGAUUGCUGCAAUCCUGCAGAAAAACCCCAGUGAGCGCCUCACUCUAGACCAGAUUUUGGCCCAUGAGUACUUCAGCAAGGGCUUCACCCCAGACAAACUUCCCCCCAGCGCCUGUGUGAUGGUGCCUGAACUCAACCCGCCCAGCCCUGCCAAGAAAUUCUUUACUAAAAUGGCCAAGAGCCUGUUUGGAAAAAAGAAAUCUAAAGUAGAGAAGAACCCUAGUGAAGAGAAGGAGGACAUCUCCAAGCUUGUAUCCGGCAUGGUGAAGCAUUCCAUCAGCCGACAGAUCAGUUACAAGACAGUGGGUGUGAAUGAGGCUCACUCUCCUGUGGUUCAGCUGGCCGGCUCAGGGCGUCUAGAUACGCCAGCUGAGGAAGAGUCCAGGAAAUCAGCAUCCCACUCUUUCAAAGGCACCGUGGCCAGCAGCACUGAGGCGUGUGAAGACAUCAUGACCCCAGCAGCUGUGGCUGAGGCUGCCAUGAAGGUUCUGAAUAGUUGCUUAUCAGCCAUGCCAACAGCAUUGAGAAACCCUCCAUGUCUCACAAAACCCAAACCUUUUAUCUGGGUGACCAAGUGGGUGGACUACUCCAACAAAUAUGGAUUUGGCUAUCAACUCUCCAAUCAGAAUGUCGGUGUCCUCUUCAAUGAAGGCACUCACUUAAGUCUGUGUGACCAACGCAGGACAGUUCAUUACUGUUUGACCAACAAUAAACACUUUACUUUCCAAGUUGACUCGCUACCAGAACAGCUCCAGAGCCAAAAACACAUAGUGGAGCUCAUGGCUAACUACAUGGAGCAGAAUCUCAUGGAGGGUGGAGAUCUGAGCUGUGUUGAGCAGCCUCCUCCUACUACCUGCCCUCUUCUGCUGCAGUGGAUGAAAAACAGUAUGAAACUGAAUGCUUUAGUCAUGCUUUUCAACAAUGGUUCUCUACAGGUGAACUUCUAUACCGACCACACAAAGGUGAUUUUGUGUAAGUCGUCAGACUCAUACCUGCUGACAUACAUCAGUCGGGAGCGUGUGUCUUACUCAUAUCCUCUGAGCAUACUCCGUGAAUGUGGCUGCUCUUCAGAGCUGCAACACCGGCUUCACUACGUGGUGCAACUCCUGCAGCACUAUGCCAGUGCAUGACCAAGCUUGGGCUUCACGUGGUCACCACUUGCUGCUUUUUAAAAAAAAAAGAAAAAAAAAAAAAGAAGUGAAACCAGAUCAGGGGAAGCUUCCACCUCACCAUGAAGUUGUCCUGUAUCCUGGCCUCCAUGGAUUAUGGUGCACUGUUUUGGAUUUUCAUUUUUCCUUUAAGACUUGAACCUGCACCAACACUACCAGCUUGACUUCACCAUGCACCAAUGCACACAAUGAAGCGCUAAGCCAGUUCCUUUCAGCUGGACUUGUGUGACGAGCAUAAAAGAGGGGCAUCACAAAGGUGCUAGGUGGCCCUCUGCUCCAACUGAUCCCAAAGUUGUGACAAGGAGUUUGACUUUUUAUGCUUUAAUCACUAGCCCCCCCCCUUCUUUUAAAGGAAAAAAAGACCUUUUUAAUUUCACUAAGUGGUACAUGUCUGACAAGAAGAGCUGUAGAUUCCAAGAAUUUUUUUUCUUCUUUGUUUUAAAGCUGGCAGAGUGGCUGAAGUCUGCAGCUAUAGCUCACAGUGAGGCAUGACAGGGAGAGUAAAGUGCCUUUCUGAGGGAUGUUGUUCUGGGUUGUGCAAUAACAGCCCCUCUGAGCCUCAAGCCCAAAUAACAAAUUGGGGAUCAGAAGGGGCUUGUGCAGAAGAGUCUUUUCUGCUACUGGUGUUGCAAGUGACCGAGUGGUGGGUGCGGGGAGCACUACAAACACACACCUUGCAUAAGCUUUUGCCUGAUAAACGGUAUUAUACUUCUGUAAUAUCUCUAUCAGUAAGAAGAAGAAAAAUGUGUAUUUCAUUUGUGCCUCCAACUCUGUUUACCUUGUGCCCCCCUCCAUGCAAAGUUGUCUUUGACGGUGAACCUUACUGCAGAGUAUUAAUGAAAUGAGUAUUUAUCCCCUCAUUGUGAAAAGCCAUUAUUUUUUCAGACUUUUUUUUUUUUUUUUUUUUUUUUUUUGGUGGCACAUAUAUUUAUUUAUUUUUUAUUUAUGUUUAUUUUUUUUAUUUAUUAAUCUAAGAGAAUGGUAUCAACACUGGUUAAUGUUCAUUAUGAUCACUUUUUUAUGAAUUGAGAUUAGGGGGGAAAUAAAGUUUCUUCAAAAGCA